CCUCACCUCCUCUUUCCUUUCUUCUUCUUUCUCUAAACCCGUCGUUUUCCUUCUCUUUCCUUGAUUUCCCCGAAUCUUGGAUCUCAUCCCCAUCUCACUUUAGACGACAUUCCAAUCUGGGGUACUGAGGAACCAUCAACCGCUGCUGCCACCACCACCCAGCACCGCCGCCGCAGCCCCAACUAUUUUUUUUAGCGACUUGCUGCUGGUGCUUCGCCGCUACUUCCGACCCCCAAAAAGCAAGACCCAGUACCAGCAGCCUGCUGGGGAACGACUGCCUGCGCGCCCCCAUUCUUUUUUUUUUUCUGCUUCGCCAAAAGGGCAGAUCUCCAAUUCUUCAUACCUCUUUGGUCGUGCCUCACCCGCGUCGGCUUUUGCAGUUUGCCUUGGUUUUGUAACCCUCCAGCUAUCGCAGACCCAUCGGACCGUAUGCAACCCUUGCUUUCAUGAUCUGUUAUCGAGGAACUCGUCGACCAGACCAGCCGCCAUCUCUAAUUAGACGCCGUCGUUCAUCUCUUCGUCGCAUCUCCGCAUUCACGACGCCAGCAACAAAACAUACACGGCAUCCUUAUUCACCACGACUGCCUCUAAGCACCAGCCCUUAUAGACUACACCAGAAAGAGUUCUUACAGCGCAUCAUAUUCACUAUCUCAUUCAAGUCAACGCCCGCAACAAGCUGCAGCCUCAACAGACGCUACCUCGCACGGCUUGGCAGAACCACACAGCAAGGUCCCAGAGGAGAUCUUGCCUACACCAGUCACAGCGCUUCCCACCCACACCAGCCCACGCCAGGGUUCCUCUUCCACAGUAGUGUGGUUCAAAACGGUCAGCCACAGCUGCCCAUCAACCAGUGACGUCUUGCUUCUUGGCCGACUGGACAUUGCUUUCCAUUUUUUUUCUUGUCCCCCCAAAAAGCAGAUAGAGCGUCGUCUCCCCGCCUUAUAUACCUUCCCUGACCUGCCCUUCCCCUCUGUUGCGCUUCACUUCGGUUUAACGCACCUUUGCCGCCUCUCCCGAUCCCCGAUCUUCCUUGACUUCUUCUCCCAUUGGUUUUUAUUUUUUACAUUACCGUCUUUUUCCUCUUCUACCCUCUUCUUUUUUUCCUUUUUCCCCAAUCGGUAUUUUUGUGACCGCGCUUGUUAGCGGCUUUCCGUACUCUUGAGACUCUUUGCCCGCUCUCUUGCUUUGCCAUUCUGCCUUCUGCUGCCGCACACCUUUUUCUAAAGCCGAACGACAUACACCACACAACCUGUUGUCGUCAUGGCCGCGACCUACUCUAGUGCCGCGGUCAGCCCGGCUGUUGUUCCUACCAAGCAAUUGCGUCAGGAACAGCACAACCAGCAAAUUAAGGACCAGCAGCAGAACGACCACAGACAGCAGCAGCAGCAGCAGCAGCAACAACCGCCUCGUCAGCCCGAAUCGGCUAACGAUACUCCGGCCACCACAUCCUCCAACGGUCCUCAAGGCGAUGCCCAAGCGCUCGCUGACGGCCAAGGAGGUGCUGGUGCGCAGCACAAGCGUGUCUACCAGGCAUGCAUCCCUUGUCGCCGCCGAAAGGUGCGAUGUGAUCUUGGCAGUGUCGAUAACCCGCACGAUCCCCCGUGCGUGAGAUGCCGCCGAGAGAGCAAGGAGUGCUUCUUCUCUGCCACCCGCCGCAAGAGAAAGACGGAAGACGAUGGCUCUGACCUCGAAGAGUACGUGAUCCGCAACGGCCGUCGCAAGCUGCAAGCUGGCGGCACCGAUAGCCCUCGCCACCCCUCCGACCGACGUUUCGACGGGUCCAUGACGCCUGGCUCCUCCAACUGGAGAAGCCAACCGCUGCGUCGCCCCGACGGCUCUGCUCGCAAGAGGCACAACGAGUUUGGCGAAGGGGAUGCCACUCAGACGCUUGAGAAUCUGGAAGCCCAGAGUGUCAUGCGUCAGCAAAUGUAUGGGCCACACGACGCUCUUGAUCUGCUCUACAAGGCCGCAACCGACAGGUAUGUGGUCUCAGGUCUCGUGCCAAAACUUUCUUUCACCGUGUCCCCAAAGAACCCUGCUUUGCUAACAUGUUCCAGUCCUGUUGCUCAUCAGCGCCACGAUAGCAUCGCCUCUGCCAACGGCGCCGCCGCCUCAGCAGCAACCGACGCUCAAAACACCCCGCAAGUCAUUCCCAAGUCGGUUCCUCACGGCGAACAAGCCAUCGACCCUGGCCUGGCUCCUCUUGCUGCCAACAACUACAAUGCUGGCCAUGCCGAGGCCCUCAAGGCUUGGUCCCGCUUCCGCUUUGUUCGUGCUGGCUGGUUUACCGCACAAGAGGCCAUCGACUACAUUGACUACUACUACAAAUUCCUCUCUCCAUUAACGCCCAUUUCUCCUCCGACCUUUAGCAGCCCCGCCUCUCACAUUACUCUCUUAACCGAGGAGCCCAUUCUCACAGUCACCCUCCUCACCAUCUCAUCACGAUACCGUCAGAUCCCUGGCGCAGGUGGCCACUGCCGCUCGCACGCAAUUCCCGAGCAGCUGUGGACCUACUUGCGUGGCAUGAUUGAGAGAUGCCUAUGGGGUCAAGAGGCUUUUGGAGGUGGCUUCUGUGGAUCCGGUGGUUCCGCUGCGACGGCCAUGCUUAGCGAGGAGGCCAACGGCAGCAGCACUGCUCCCUGGAGAGGUCUCCGAAAGGGUAGUUUGCGCACGCUUGGUACGAUUGAGUCUCUGCUCAUCUUGACCGAGUGGCACCCUCGCGCACUUCACUUCCCUCCUGCUGAGGCCACUGAUGAGCUUGUGAUUCCCCUUGCUGAGUCGUCACCGCUCAUGGCCACCGAGGACGAGAUGUCCAACAAUGUCGGCACUGCCCUCGGCGGCAAGCGCAUCGACUCUUGGCUUGAGCCUGCCUGGCGAAGUGACCGCAUGUGCUGGAUGCUGCUGAGCACAGCCAUGGGUCUGGGUUAUGAGUUGGGUGUCUUUGACGAUGUUGAUGAGCUGCUCAAGGACGAUGCUAUUACUCGCCCCGAGUACGCCGAUGAGGGGUACCGCACCCGUGCCAACCGCAUCAGACGCCUGCUGCUCAUCUACACCUCGCAGCUUGCUGGACGUCUCGGCUGGACCAGCAUGGCCCCCGAACAUCUCCGCAAGACGGACCCGGCCGUCUCCAAGCGUCGCCCCACCACCACCGACGGCAACACGCCCGCCACCAUCUCCUCGGCUGCCAACAACUUCAACUACGUUCCGGACUUGGAGUUGGACGAUCAGGUGAUUCACUGCUGGGCGGGCAUCAGCAACGUUAUGCACAUUGGUAACGAGAAGUUGUUCAAGUCUCGCAAGCACACUACCGACAUUAUUCAGUCUGGCCGAUACGUCACCCUUUUGGCUGAGUUUACUCCUCUGCUCCGAGACUGGUACCGCGAGUUUGAGCUCUUCCCUCUGCCGCAGUACAUGCGUCACAUCUUGACCAUUGAGUACCAAUAUGUGCGCAUCUACGUCAACUCGCUCUCGCUGCAGGCUGUUGUGGAGCGUUGCACCAACCACCCCAAUGGUCAGCCUACAACCACGACACUAUCGCCACAGACACUCAUCAACUAUGGCAAACUUCCCCUCGGUCAACUGGGUGGUUUCACUGUCCAAGAUCAAGAGUACGUCCGCGAGGUUGUCGAGGGUAGCCGCUGCCUCCUGCGCACCGUCGUCGAGGGUCUUUUGCCAAGCGGCUACCUCAAGCACGCCCCCGUGCGAACAUACUUCCGCAUCAUCAGCGGUGCCAUGUUCCUUCUCAAGACGUUUGCUCUUGGUGCCCCGCGCUCAGACGUCCGUAUCAGCAUCGAGCUGAUGGAUGCCACGGUCGAGGCUCUCCGCUACUGCGUUGUGGAUGAUGUGCACUUGGGUAUUCGCUUUGCUGACUUGCUCGAGACCCUGACCAGCCGCCUUCGCAACCGCUUCAUCCAGGCCCCCACGGCUGCUGCUGCCUCUGGUGGCACCUCGACUCCCUCGGGUGUCGAUGGCACGGCCGCUGUACCCGUUGACGGCGCCUGGGUUGGUGGUCACGCCCAACGUCUCCGCGACGGCCUCAACGGCCAAGCGGGUGACGCUACCGUCGAAGGUACCAUCUCGGCUACGCCGUUUGACCUAUCGACCGGCACGUUCCCUUAUAACGUCGCCCCAUCCCUUCCCCCCUCGACGCCUGCUGCUAUGGAGAAUGGCCACCCUGGUGGCAUGGAUGUGACGCUCUUUGAGGAGUGGAACAACCCGGGCAACGAGAUGUGGUAUCUGCCUGCCGGCCCUGCCUUUUUCCAAAACGCCGAGAACCACAACGUGUCGAUGACAGCCGAAGGCGUCAAUGUUGGUGGCCUCGACCUUCUCGAGUACAUGGCCAUGGACCCUGUCCAGUUCCCGCCUAGCAAUGCGGGAGACGAGCCCUCUGGCGCCCCUUCUGCGCCUGCGUCCGCGACGGGCGCAGCGCCAUCCAACACGACAACUGCGCUGUAAGGAGCGGCAGGUCUGGAUGUUGACGAUGACGUUAUGAAGGCGUAUACUAUACUUUAAUUGACUUUUUGAGCGAUGUUUUAAUAACUGACAUGAGCUUUUUGUCGUGUCUGGAAACGGGAAGGAAAAAAGAGAUCCCUGUAGGUGUUACACUGCUGGGAUCCAAACGUUUAUGGUGUUUUUGUGUUUUUUUGUUUUGUUUUUUGUCUAGCGUUUCUCGACUCCCCGUUCGGUUCUGGGAGCGAUGCUGCGGCGUCUUGAAAAGGAAAAUAACGUCUUUUCAUUGUUUUUAUAUACUCUUGUGGGUAAAAAAAGCUUUUUAUAUACACUUAUUUCAAGGACUGGAUCGGCGUUUCUGUCUUUUGAUGCGAGACGGGUGUACGACCAACGAGGGUUAUACGGCCAGCCAGCGAGCCAGCUGGUGAAGCGUUGCUGCUGCUGCUGCCGUUGUUUGAUAUACAUGUUGUUUUUGGACUGGUUUGUUUUUGGAGUUUUGUACUUUUACUGAUGAUACCCGCCUCUUUGGUGCCUGCGACGGACGAGGAGAGCAAUGAAGGCGUCUUGGAACGUCGGGAUGAUUUGAGGGGGGCCUGUUUCUGUCUGUCUCUCCCUGGUUGGGUGUUUGACGGACUGACUGUCCCCCCUGGCCCUGCCACUAUCUUGUUCCUCUUUCUUUUCUGCGUGAAUGUGUCUUUCUUUUUUGCCCUUUCAGACGAGUUAAUACACUUGAACCUUGCGGUGUCGUGCCUUUGUUAUCCAGCCCAGUGUCUAUCUUUCCAUGUAGACAUAACGAGCCCAGCACGUUAAUUACAACAUUAAUUCAAAGCCAAACAAGCAUGUAGUUAAACGAAUUCAUGU